UGUGAACCUUGACCUGACCUGCUCCAGCCGGAAUCCUCUCUUUAGACGCUAAAGAAGCACUCUUCAAACUCCAGGACCAUGUCAACAGGUAAUUACACUCCAGCCCCAGGGGGCCCUUUUUCGGCCCUCACACCCAGCAUGUGGCCCCAGGACAUUUUGGCAAAGUACUGUCAGAAAGACCCCAAUAUGGAAGCAGAACUGCAGUAUGAUGAAUUUGGGUUCCGGAUUGAUAGUGAAGACGGGGUUGAGACAAGUAAAUGGCAGCGUGGUGAGGGAGCUCCUCAGAGAGAGGACCCUCAGCAAAGACUUCGCUGGCAAGCCCAUCUGGAGUUCACGCACAAUCACACUGUAGGAGACCUGACAUGGGAUAAGAUCUCCCCCACCCUGGCUCCCUCUGACCGCCUUCGGACCCUUGUGCUGGGGUGCAUACCACACAGCAUGAGACCACAGUUAUGGAUGCGUUUGUCAGGGGCCCUGCAGAAAAAGAGAACAUCCGAAAUUUCCUACAGGGAAAUCGUCAAAAACAGUUCUAAUGAUGACACCACAGCAGCCAAACAGAUAGAAAAGGAUCUUUUGCGGACCAUGCCCACUAAUGCGUGCUUCAGCACCUUGUUGAGUGUGGGGGUGCCCAAGCUCAGGCGGGUCCUGAGAGGGCUGGCGUGGCUGUAUCCAGACAUCGGCUACUGUCAGGGCACAGGCAUGGUGGUGUCCUGUCUGCUGCUGUUUCUGGAGGAGGAGGAUGCUCUGUGGAUGAUGUGUGCUCUGAUAGAGGACCUGCUGCCUCCCUCAUACUUCUCCUCCACGCUGUUGGGAGUUCAGACUGACCAGCGCGUGCUCAGACAGCUCAUAGUGCAGUAUCUGCCGAGUCUAGACCAGCUGCUACAGGAGCAUGACAUUGAGCUUUCUUUAAUCACGCUGCACUGGUUCCUCACUGCCUUUGCCAGUGUGGUGGACAUCCGCAUCCUGCUGCGAAUCUGGGACCUGCUCUUCUACGAGGGCUCAGUGGUGCUCUUCCAGGUUACGCUGGGCAUGCUGAAGAUCAAGGAGGAAGAACUGGUGUCAUCUGAGAACUCGGCAUCCAUCUUUAACACACUCUCAGAUCUGCCCAGUCAAUUAGAGGACGGGGCGGCAGUGCUGGGCGAGGCUGUGCGUCUGGCAGGAUCUCUGUCUCAGGAAAGCCUGGAUGCACACAGACACAAGCAUCUUGCCUACAUCCUUGCAGAGCAGGCCCAGCUCAACUCUGGCAACUCCCAUUCCCUCCACACCAACCUCAACAAGGUGGUCCGCAGACAGGGCUUGCGUAGGAAAUCCACCCUGAGCUCGCUUCUCUGGGGGGAGGACGAGGUGGAGGCGCUGAAGGCCAAAAACAUUAAACAGACGGAGCUGGUGGCAGCACUGAGAGAAGCCAUCAGUCAGACUGCAGAGCACUUUCACUGCCUGGAUCCCCGCAACUGCAGCACUGAUUUGACUCCAGACUAUUCUAUGGAGAGUCAUCAAAGGGAUCACGAGAACUUCCUGGUUGUGUCUCGGAAUCGUCGGAGACGAGCCAAAGCCUUGCUGGACUUUGAGCGGCAUGACGAUGAUGAACUGGGCUUUCGGAAGAAUGACAUCAUCACAAUCAUCUCACAGAAAGAUGAGCACUGCUGGGUUGGAGAGCUGAACGGCCUGAGAGGCUGGUUUCCUGCCAAAUUUGUGGAAGUCUUGGAUGAACGAAGUAAAGAGUACUCUCUGGCUGGAGAUGAUACUGUAACUGAGGCAGUGAAUGACUUGGUCAGAGGCACUUUGUGUCCUGCUCUUAAGGCCAUCUUUCAGCACGGCCUGAAGAAGCCCUCCAUACUGGGAGGACCCUGUCACCCUUGGCUCUUCAUCGAGGAGGCAGCCAGCAGAGAAGUGGAGAGAGACUUCAACUCGGUCUACUCCAGACUGGUGCUCUGCAAGACCUACAGGUUAGAUGAAGAUGGGAAGGUGCUCACGCCUGAAGAGCUUCUUUACAGGGCAGUGCAGUCUGUCAACAUGAGCCACGACACUGCACACGUUCAGAUGGACAUCAAGUUUCGCUCACUCAUCUGUGUGGGCUUAAAUGAGCAGGUGCUGCACCUGUGGCUGGAGGUGUUGUGUUCCAGUAUGAAUGCCGUGGAGAAAUGGUACCAUCCCUGGUCCUUCCUGCGCAGUCCUGGCUGGGUUCAGAUAAAGUGUGAACUCAGAGUUCUCUCAAAGUUUGCCUUCAGUCUCUCCCAAGACUGUGAGCUGCCUACCAAAAAAGAGAAGUCUCCUGUUCUCAAAUCAGAAGUGGUGGAUGUCUUGGUCCAACAUCACCUCUUUAGUUGGGACCUCUAGGAGAAGGAGCAGAGGCCUCUGAAGGAGGGAGUUCAGGACAUGUUGGUGAAACAUCACCUCUUCAGCUGGGAC